GUAAGUCGCAUUGUGUUAAACACUUGAGAGAAAAUGACUCUACUAUCAUUGCUGCAACAAUCAUGGCAAGAGCUACACAAAAUACCCUCCAUUAAUCCCCUCCUUUCUCUUCUUUUGCUCCUCUCUUUUCUUUAUGUUUUCAAGCGUAUUGAAAGCAGAGAAAAACCCAAUUUACCUCCAUCCCCACCAAAGCUACCAAUCAUAGGCAACCUUCACCAGCUUGGCAAUUUUUCACACCGUUCUCUUCAAGCCCUUUCAAAUGAGUACGGCCCUCUAAUGUUCUUAAACUUGGGCUAUAUGCCAACCCUUGUGUUGUCAUCCGCAGAUAUAGCCAGAGAAAUGUUAAAGACACAUGAUGUCGUUUUCUCAAACCGGCCAAAAACUACUGCUGCCGAUUCCUUACUCUACAGAUGCACCGACAUAGUAUUCUCACCCUAUGGUGAGUAUUGGAGACAAGCUAGAAAAAUUUGUGUUCUAGAACUUUUGAACCUCAAAAGGGUGCAAUCCUUCCAAUAUGUAAGGGAAGAAGAAGUUGAAGUAUUACUAAAAAAGAUACGUGAGUCGUGCAACAAAGGGGCUUCUGUUAAUUUAAGUGAGAUGAUGAUGUCAACCUCGAACGACAUAGUCUCAAGAUGUGUACUUGGACAAAAGUUUGAAGAAGAAGAAGGUAAGAGUACAUUCGGACAUCAAUCAUCAAGAAAGAUAAUGGAGCACCUUGGAGCAUUCUGCUUCAGAGAUUUUUUUCCUUUUUUGGGGUGGAUUGAUGUUCUUACAGGAUUUAUCUCAAGUUUGAAAGCAACUUUCAGACAAUCAGAUGCUUUUUUUGAUCAAGUGGUUGAAGAAAACAACAAAAUUAAAACGAUUGACGAUGUCGAGAGGAAAGAUUUUAUUGAUAUUCUCCUCAAACUUAAAAAGAAAGGCAUGCUUAACGUUGAGCUCGCUCAAGCUGACCUUAAAGCAAUCCUAUUGGACAUGUUUGUGGGAGGAAAUGAUACUACUUCAACAACUUUGGAAUGGUUAAUGGCAGAGCUCAUAAAACAUCCAAAUAUUAUGAAGAGAGCACAAGAUGAGGUAAGAAUGGUGGUGGGAAAGAAAUCAAAGAUAGAUGUGAAUGACAUCAACCAAAUGGAUUACUUGAAGUGUAUCAUCAAAGAAACUCUAAGAUUACAUCCGCCAGCUCCUCUCUCGGUACCUCGAGAAACAUCAACAAGUGUGAAAUUUGGAGGUUAUGAUAUUCCAGCAAAAACAAGAGUAUUUGUCAAUAUAUGGGCAAUCCAAAGGGACCCUACUGUAUGGGAAAGACCAGAAGAGUUUCUCCCAGAGAGAUUUAAAGACAAGACAAUUGAUUUCAAUAGGCAAGAAUUUGAAUUCAUUCCAUUUGGAGGUGGGAGAAGGAGAUGUCCAGGAUUGACAUUUGGUAUUGCUUCAAUUGAAAAUAUGAUUGCCAACGUCUUGUGUUGGUUUGACUGGACACUACCUAGUGCUAGUGUACAGGCAAAAGAGUUGGACAUGAGUGAAGUUAACGGGCUCAUUGUGUCCAAGAAAAUUCCACUUCAUCUUGUACCAAAACUACACUCUCCAUGAUCUAUGGGUUAAGAGAUUUGUGUGCACAUGAGUAAAGUUAACGGGCUCAUUGUGUCCAAGAAAAUUCCACUUCAUCUUAUACCAAAACUACCAUCUCCUUGAUCUAUGGGUUAAGAGAUUCGUGUUUUAGCAUUUGCUGUUGUGUUUGUUUGAAAUUAAUGUAAGAGAAGGUGGCUUCAACCAUAAUAAUAAUAAAUUGAAACUUAGUGUUCGAUGAAAA